CCGUCGAGCCGAAUAAACGCCCCCAGCUCGUCACUGCGCAUGCGCCAACUCAACUGAAGGGCUACACUGACUGUCAUGGCGCUGGCGAGCUGAGAGCUGCCGGGGAAGAGAACCAGGAAGAGAAGGCAGCGCAGCGACGCGCAGCCGAGUGUGUGGAGUUCAGCCGACGAGGAGCACCGAGCCAACCGCCGUCCUUCAUCGACUUCUACCCGGAGCCGCUGAGCGGACUUGCCCCCCCCCCCCCGCCCGCCCGCCCCCUCACCCCCUCCAGUUGAGUGAGUUUCGGCUCCGGCCAGGCGCGCUACCUGUCAAGUGUGUGCAGUCGACUGGCUGCGCGGAGACACAUUCAAAGUCUCCGUGUCCUCGUUUGCCGUUCGACCGGGCGGAGGCAGGCAGCCCCGCGGCGGGAGGACGAGCUCCGCGUCACCUGCGUCCCUCCUCGCUACCUGCGGGACUCUGAAGCCAUCCGUCUGCUAUCAAGUUACGAAGUGUGUGUGUGAGGGAGAAGAAGAAGAGGAGCACCUCCACCGCGGAGCGGAGCGGGUGACAUUGUGUGUGUGUGUGUGUGUGUGUGUGCGUGCGCCCACUUGCGAGGUCCAUUCGCUCUGAAUGGGGAGGGGGACGUGUCGCCCGCGUGCCCGUGGACUGUCAACGACUCAGCGGACGGGGACAUAGAUCCCGCUCGUCGUCGCCCCCGCCGCCGUCUUCCAGCCCUCCUCCCGCCCUCGUCGCCGUCGCACGGUGAACAGGUGCCCUCACCUGUGAACACGCCACCCGGCCCCCGCGUCCCGGCCGCUUCCGUAGCAGAUGGCUAGCGGCGAGGCGACGGCCGCCCCGCCGGGCGACGCGCAGGACGGGCGAGCCGGCGCCGCGGCGCUCGGCGCCGGCGUGCCCGUCAGGGGCAUCCGGAUGAAGUUCGCCGUGCUGGCCGGCCUGGUGGAAGUUGGGGAAGUUUCCCACCGAGACAUCGUGGAGACCGUGUUCAACCUGCUGGUCGGCGGCCAGUUUGAUUUGGAGAUGAACUUCAUCAUCCAGGAGCCGGAGAGCAUUGUGUGCAUGGUGGAGCUGCUGGACAAGUGUGAGCCCACCUGUCAGGCCGAGGUCUGGAGCAUCUUCACCGCGAUUCUCAAGAAGAGUGUCCGCAACCUGCAGGCGUGCACUGAUGUGGGGCUCAUCCAGCAGGUGCUCCAGCGUAUAGCCACCACAGACAGCAUGAUCGCAGACCUACUUGUGGACAUGUUGGGUGUGCUCGCCAGCUACAGCAUCACAGUAAAAGAGCUGAAGCUCUUCUUCAGCAAGCUGCAAGGGCAGGAAGGCCAGUGGCCUCGUCAUGCUGUGAAGCUCUUGUCAGUGCUGAAGUACAUGGCUCACAGAAACGGUCCCGACUCCUUUUUCAGCUUUCCAGGAAAAAAUGCAGCUGCUAUAGCUCUGCCUCCCAUUGCAAAAUGGCCGUACCAGAAUGGGUUCACAUUCCACACGUGGCUCCGCAUGGAUCCUCUCAACAACAUCAAUGUAGACAAAGACAAGCCGUACCUCUACUGUUUCCGCACCAGUAAAGGCCUAGGUUACUCGGCGCACUUUGUAGGCGGCUGCUUGAUAGUGACCUCAUUAAAAUCCAAGGGGAAAGGAUUCCAGCACUGUGUAAAAUACGACUUCAAACCACAGAAGUGGUACAUGGUGACUCUUGUUUUCACCUACAACCGCUGGAAAAACAGUGAACUCAGCUGCUAUGUGAACGGGGAACUGGCUUCCUUCGGGGACAUCGCCUGGUUUGUCAACACCAGCGACACGUUUGACAAGUGUUUCCUGGGAUCGUCGGAGAUGGCGGAUGCCAACCGCGUGUUCUGUGGACAGAUGGGGGCAGUGUAUCUGUUUGGAGAGGCCCUCAGCGCUGCUCAGAUCCUGGCUAUCUAUCAGCUGGGUCCGGGUUACCAGGGCACCUUCAAGCACAAGGCUGAGAGUGACCUGCUGUUUGCGGAGCAUCAUAAGACUUUACUGUAUGAUGGCAAGCUGUCCUCUAGUAUCGCCUUCACGUACAACCCUCGCGCCACAGAUGCUCAGCUCUGCCUCGAGUCCUCCCCCAAGGACAACGCCUCCAUUUUCGUCCAUUCACCCCAUGCACUCAUGCUGCAGGAUGUGAAGGCUGUGGUGACUCACUCGGUCCAGAGUGGCAUCCACUCUAUCGGAGGCGUGCAGGUCCUCUUCCCUCUGUUUGCACAGCUGGAUUAUCGCCAGCCUUCCAGCCAUGAGCUGGACACCUCUGUCGGCUGCACUUUGCUAUCCUUUGUGAUGGAGCUCUUGAAAAACUCGGUGGCCAUGCAGGAGCAGGUCCUGGCCUGCAAAGGCUUUCUCGUCAUUGGCUACACUUUGGAAAAGUCUUCCAAGGUGCAUGUGACGCGGCCCGUCCUGGACAUUGUGCUGGCCUUCUCCAGAUACCUUAGCAACUUGCAGAAUGGCAUCUUGCUGCUCAAGCAGCUGUGUGACCACAUUCUGUUCAACCCCGUGAUCUGGAUCCAUGCCCCUGCCAAGGUGCAACUGACGCUCUACACUUACCUGGCGACAGAGUUCAUCAGCACGGUGACCAUCUACAAUGCCAUUCGCAGGGUGGGCACUGUGCUCCAGGUCAUGCACACACUGAAAUACUACUACUGGGUCGUCAACCCACAGGACCGCAGCGGGGUCGUCCCCAAAGGCCUCGAUGGUCCAAGGCCAAACCAGAAGGAGAUCCUGUCUUUGCGAGCCUUCCUGUUGUUGUGUGUCAAACAGCUCAUAAUGAAGGAUCACGGGGUGAAAGACGACGAGCUACAGAGUAUCCUCAACUACCUCCUAACCAUGCAUGAGGAUGACAAUCUCAUGGAUGUGCUGCAGUUGUUGGUGGCUCUGAUGUCUGAACACCCAGGAUCAAUGGUCCAGGCCUUUGACCAGCGCAAUGGCAUUCGUGUGAUUUACAAGCUUUUGGCCUCAAAAAGUGAAGGAAUACGAGUUCAGACACUCAAAGUAAUGGGAUACUUUCUAAAAUACUUGCCACCAAAGAGGAAAUCUGAGGUCAUGCUGAGUCACGGCCUCUUCUCCCUCCUCACUGAACGCCUGAUGCUGCACUCCAGCCAAUUCUCCAUGACAACCUACAACGUGCUCUUUGAGAUCCUUACAGAGCAGAUCUGCACUCAAGUGAUCCAUAAACAGCAUCCGGACCCCGACUCCACUGUGAAGAUUCUCAGCCCACAGAUUCUGAAGGUAAUAGCUGCUCUGCUGAAGAACGCUCCCCCGUCUCCUGAGAGCAUGGAGGUGCGCAGGCUCUUUCUGUCAGACAUGAUCAAACUGUUCAAUAACAGCCGAGAGAACCGCAGGAGCCUGCUGCAGUGCUCGGUUUGGCAGGAGUGGAUGCUCUCUCUGUGCUUCAUCAACCCGCGAAGCGGCGAGGAGCAGAAAAUCACGGAGAUGGUGUACGCCAUCUUCCGCAUCCUGCUCUACCACGCCAUCAAAUAUGAGUGGGGUGGCUGGCGCGUCUGGGUGGACACCCUGUCCAUCACCCACUCCAAGGUGACUUUUGAGCAGCACAAGGAGAAUCUCUCCCGCAUGUUCCGUCAGUACCAGCAUCAAGAGUCCGCAGGUUCUCUCGGCACAGUCCGAACCAUCUCCGGUGUCAGCCAAAGCUCCGAGGACAUGGAGUGUGUGAAUGGGCCACCUGCAGAAGAGACGGCCCCCUCCACCGUCAUCGAGCUCCGAGUGGACGAACUGUCCCAGAAGACCCCAGACUCCGCAUCAAGUUCGGCCAUCACCUCCAGCCCGCUGGAGACUGCUGGUGAAAGGGGACACGCGUCCAUCACUGUGUCCAACAUCCUGGCAAGGUCUGAGGAUGAAGAGGAGAAAUUGGCUGAGGGGUCUCCCAGAGACGCUUCUGGUGAUGGAAAAGAGACCGAAGCUACCGUGACACAAAAAACGGAUUCCGAGGAACAGAGUGAAGAGACCAACAAGCAGGAAGCAGUCACUGAGACGUCCCCCGACAAGAACAAAGAUAAUCGACAAAUAUCCGCUAGUGACUCCUCUGAAACAGCUGACAUAAAAAAAGUGGAGGUGGUUAGAGACUCUGCCACAACACCCGCGAGUGAUGAUGCACAGACAACAACUGAUGAUGAGAAAUGCAAGAGUGAACACAACAAAGGUGGAUCGACCACCGCCAUGGCAGAAGACUCUUUGAACGAAACGGACACAGAACUACCCGUGGUUUCAGGACAAGAAGUUACGACUGAGACGGCUGCCUGUCAGGAGAACAGUGUGCUUGGUGGAGCCUCAGUCUUCAACGAGGACCUGGUUGACGUAUCGUCUGUUAGCGACCAGAUCCACCCUAGUGAUGUUGACGAUGGCCAAGAGGAGUCCUCUUAUGCGUCUGUUGAUGCUGCAGAAGACGGGGAAGUAUUUAAGAAGGAGGAAGACAAACAUGUACACGAUGAAGGCAAUAAAAGUGAUCAGGAAGUGAAGGAGUUGAAACGGGAAGAAGAAAAAAAUGGGGAGCUGGAGGUGAGCGUAGACGAUAAAGCUGAAACUGAAGAGAAACAGGUGUCCGAUCUGGAGAGUCCGACUCCUCCAGUGGAAACACCUGAACAAAACGUGACGGAAGACACCACACUACCCUCUACAGCCCAGGAGGUUGCAGAAGGAUCAGACUCCACCUCGCCCAGCCAGCCUUCGGAAACCAGCGGCAGCCCCGGAGAGGAAACCUUGUCCAGUGCCACCGAGAGCAGCACCACCGCCUCCAGCUCCGACACCCAAAAGAGUGGGGACUCUGUCAGCAAGACCAAAGAGAUUAAAAUUGCCAGGCUGGAUGUAUCCAACGUGGCCUUGGACACCGAGAGACUUGAACUGAAGGAGACUGCUUCAACAGAAACAAGCCAGGGCCAGUCGACAGCAGCAGGAAGUUCUGCAGGUCAGCCGAGAGAGAGCGGCUCCUCUGCUCCUCGCUCCACCAUGUUUCGCAUCCCAGAGUUCCGAUGGUCCCACAUGCACCAGCGCCUCCUCACCGACCUGCUCUUCUCUAUCGAGACAGACGUCCAGAUGUGGAGAAGUCACUCCACAAAGACAGUCCUGGACUUUGUGAACAGCAGCGAGAACGUGGUGUUUGUCCACAACAGUAUCCACCUCAUCUCCCAGGUGGUGGACAACCUCAUCAUGGCUUGUGGAGGCAUUUUACCUCUGCUCUCUGCUGCCACCUCUUCCUCUCAUGAGCUGGAGAACGUCGAGCCGUCGCAGGGCCUGACGCUGGAGGCCUCAGUCACCUUCCUGCAGCGUCUCGUCAACCUCGUGGAUGUUCUCAUCUUUGCCAGCUCCCUCAACUUCACAGAGAUAGAGGCAGAGAAAAACAUGUCGUCAGGAGGCCUCCUUCGACAGUGCCUUCGCCUCGUGUGUGCAAUGGCAGUGAGAAACUGUCUGGAGUGUCAGCAGGCCCAAUUUAAACACGGCUCCGAAGGCCCAGUCCGCAGCCACGCAGUCGCUUCUGGCACUGCGCUGGGAACAGCCAAGUCUGCAUCUGCGCAGAGUCCUGUUGAUGCUGUGACGGGUGGAAUGUCUCCAAUCAGAGACCUGGACCGGCUGCUGCAGGACAUGGACAUUAACCGCCUCAGGGCUGUCGUCUUCAGAGAUAUUGAGGACAGUAAGCAGGCCCAGUUUCUGGCUCUUGCCGUGGUGUACUUCAUCUCGGUCCUCAUGGUGUCCAAGUACCGGGACAUCCUGGAGCCCCACAACGAUAAGAAACACCCUCAACGAUCCCAGUCGGCCAGGAGCACAGAUAGCGGAGCCAUCUCUGGUGGACUGGAAGUAGAGAAUGGCGUGUCCCUCCGUCGGUAUGACUCUGGCAUCGGUGAUGACCACACCUCAGCCGCCGCGAGCGAGGCGGACCUGUCAUCGUCUGCCGCGACUCACGGCCCGGACGCCAUCUCCGAGGCCCUGUCCACGCUGUCGUCUGAGGUCAGACCCGCUCUGCCCUCUGAUUCAAAGGGCAAGAAUGUGAAGGAUAUUCUGCGCAGCCUAGUGAGCACUCCAGCUGAUGACAUCAUGGUGGACCCAAGCCUGCUGCCACCAGCGUUUCUCGGAGGUGUGGGUGACGCGGCUAGAGAAUCAUCGCUGCCGUUCCACUCAUUUGAUCGAAGCGUCGUCGUUGCACCCAAGAAAGCAGGCAUGACGCCAUCUCCAGGCACUUCCACUCACGUCCCAGCAGCCACUGCAGCCUCUGUGUCCGCUGGGACCCCCAUGGACAGCGUCGCCGUGGUAUCUUCUGGCGAUGCCUCCGAGAGCGCCUCUGCAGACUCUGCAGCUUCAGGCGGCCAGGUUCCAGCCAGCGCUAGCCUGCCAUCUGUCCCCCCACUCUCCCCUGUGACCCAGAACACAGCCCCCAAUAUGAGUAUCUCCGAGCGUCUGGAGCACGCUCUGGAGAAGGCGGCUCCACUGCUGAGAGAGAUAUUUGUGGACUUUGCCCCCUUUCUCUCUCGGACCCUGCUGGGCAGCCACGGACAAGAGCUCCUUAUCGAGGGCACAAGCCUGAUGUGUAUGAAGUCCAGCAGCUCAGUAGUGGAGCUCGUCAUGCUUCUGUGUUCACAGGAAUGGCAGAACUCCAUCCAGAAGAAUGCAGGUCUCGCCUUUAUCGAGUUGGUCAACGAAGGCAGACUGCUGAGUCACACCAUGAAGGACCACCUGGUUCGUGUGGCCAAUGAAGCGGAAUUCAUCCUCAGCCGACAGAGGGCUGAAGACAUCCAUAAACAUGCCGAGUUUGAGUCCAACUGUGCCCAGUACGCGUCAGAGAAGCGAGAUGAGGAGAAAAUGUGUGACCACCUCAUCCGGGCAGCCAAGUACCGCGACCAUGUGACGGCCACUCAGCUCAUCCAGAAGAUAGUCAACAUCCUGACCGACAAACACGGAGCAUGGGGAAACUCUUCCAUAAGCCGGCCGAGGGAGUUCUGGCGCCUGGACUACUGGGAGGACGAUUUAAGGCGGCGACGGCGCUUCAUCAGGAACCCCUUUGGAUCCGCUCACUCGGAGGCAACGCUCAAAGCCGCGGCCGAACACGUGGCUGAUAUCAGUGCGUCCGAGGAGGAUAUUCUCAAAGGCAAGCAGUCCAUCAGGGGUCACGCUCUGGGAAAUCAAAACUCGGAGAGCGAGAUGUCGCUCGACGGAGACGAUGACACUCUGUCCACCCUGGAUGAGAAAGACCUGGAGAACCUAACAGGCCCAGUAAACCUGAGCACCGGCGCUCAGCUGGUGGCUCCGGCCGCCGUGGUGAGGGGCACCCUGUCCAUCACCGCCUCCGAGCUCUACUUCGAGGUGGACGAGGACGAGCCGAGCUUCAAGGCCAUCGACCCGAAGAUUCUAGCCUACACAGAAGGCCUGCAUGGAAAAUGGCUGUUCACAGAGAUCCGUGCCGUCUUUUCCAGACGCUGCCUGCUUCAAAAUACUGCUCUGGAAAUCUUCAUGGCCAACAGAACUGCAGUCAUGUUCAACUUCCCAGAUGCUGCCACUGUAAAGAAGGUGGUCCACAGUCUUCCUCGUGUUGGGGUGGGAACGAACUUUGGCCUUCCACAGACCAGGCGGAUCUCCCUGGCCACACCAAAGCAGCUAUUCAAAGCGUCCAACAUGACCCAGCGCUGGCAACGUCGGGAAAUCUCCAACUUUGAGUACCUCAUCUUUCUCAACACCAUCUCUGGUCGGAGCUUUAAUGACCUAAACCAGUACCCGGUCUUCCCCUGGGUUAUCACCAACUACGACUCAGAAGAACUUGACCUCACUCUGCCCAGCAACUUCAGGGAUCUGUCUAAGCCCAUCGGUGCUCUGAAUCCCAAGAGGGCGGCGUUCUUCUCAGACCGAUACGAGUCCUGGGAGGAUGAUCAGGUGCCAAAGUUCCACUAUGGCACCCACUACUCCACCUCCAGCUUCACCAUGAUGUGGCUACUACGUAUGGAGCCUUUCACUACGUUCUUCCUGAACUUCCAAGGAGGAAAGUUUGACCAUGCCGACCGCACCUUCUCGUCGGUGGCCCGGGCCUGGAGGAACAGCCAGCGGGACACAUCUGAUGUUAAGGAGCUGAUCCCAGAGUUCUACUACCUCCCGGAGAUGUUUGUCAAUGCCAACAGCUACAACCUCGGGGUGAUGGAAGACGGCACCGUGGUCUCCGAUGUGGAGCUGCCACCCUGGGCCAAGAGCCCAGAGGAGUUUGUUCGAAUCAAUCGCCUGGCUCUGGAGAGCGAGUUUGUGUCCUGCCAGCUCCACCAGUGGAUCGAUCUGAUCUUUGGCUACAAGCAGCAGGGACCUGAAGCCACCAGAGCCCUCAACGUUUUCUACUAUCUGACCUACGAAGGUGCAGUCAACCUCAACUCCUUCAACGACCCCAUGCUCAGAGAGGCUGUGGAGUCUCAAAUUAGGAGUUUUGGACAGACCCCCUGCCAACUGCUCAUCGAACCACACCCACCCAGAAGCUCAGCCAUGCAAGUGACGCCGCUGAUGUUCACGGAGCAGAUGCAGCAGGAUGUUAUCAUGGUGUUGAAGUUCCCGUCAAACUCCCCAGUGACCCACGUGGCAGCCAACACCCAGCCAGGCCUAACGUCAGCCGCCAUCAUCACCGUCACCGCCAACCGCCUCUUCGCGGUCAACAAAUGGCACGGCUUGGCAGGUCAUCAGAGCUCAACGGUGCAGGACCAGCAGUACCAACUUCCUGUGGAGAUUGACCCGCUGAUAGCCAGUAACGUCGGCAGUCACCGUCGGCAGAUCUCAGACCUGCUGGACCAGAGCAUCCAGAUCAGCUCGCAGUAUUUCGUCAUCACAGCCGACAACCGCUUCAUCCUUCUGUGCGGCUUCUGGGACAAGAGCUUCCGCGUCUACUCCACUGAUACAGGCAAACUGACUCAGAUAGUGUUCGGGCAUCGCGACGUGGUGACGUGUCUGGCUCGCUCGGAGUCGUACAUCGGAGGAGACUGCUACGUCCUGUCCGGCUCCAGGGAUGCCACCCUGCUGCUGUGGUACUGGAACGGAAAGCACAGCAGCAUUGGAGAGAGCCUGGGCACAGAGUUCACCACACCGCGGGCCAUCUUAACGGGCCACGACUGUGAGGUGACAUGUGCAAGUGUGUGCGCAGAGCUGGGUCUCGUCAUCAGCGGCUGCAAAGAGGGCCCUUGUCUGAUCCAUUCCAUGAAUGGGGACCUGCUGAGGACCCUGGAGGUCCCCGAGCGGUGCACGCGGCCCCGCCUCAUCCAGUCCUCCACCGAGGGCCACUGCAUGAUCUACUACGACAAGGGGCAGUUUUGUCGCUUCAGCGUCAACGGCAAACUGCUGGGACACAUGGAGGUAGAAGACAGCAUCAAGGCCAUGCUGCUGAGUCGUGACGGCCAGUACCUGCUGACAGGCGGAGACGGAGGCAUCGUGUCCGUCUGGCAAGUCCACAACUUCAAGCAGCUGUUCACCUACCCCGGCUGUGACGCAGGGGUCCGCUCCAUGGCUAUUUCACACGACCAAAGGUGCAUCAUAACUGGCAUGGCAUCCGGGAGUAUCGUGCUCUUCUACAAUGACUUCAACAGGUGGCACCACGAGUACCAGACCAGGUACUGAGCCGCACACAACACAGCCACGACUUGACGUUGGACACUGACGAAGAUCCAGACUUUUGCGAAGCGUGAAGCUCUUAUCAAAGACACUGUUCUGUCUUUCCUCUUAUCCUGAAUGUAUCUCACAGAAGAAGAAAAGAGAGAAGAAAAAAAAAUAUCUGUCCUGUUAUAGUAAAAGAAUCAAACUAUUUUUAAAAAAGGGCAUUACUAUAUUUUGUAGAUCAGAUAGAACAUUUUCAUAUAAAUCAUAGGGUGGGGGUUAUGUUACUGUACGGUUAAAAAAAACAAAUCUAUUUUUAGCUGCAAGAGUCUAUUUUCAUCUCCUCCGGAAAAAGAAAUGAGGGACUCGUGGGGAGCUCAGUGAAAAUAUAUCCUCUUGACUUAAAAAUCCAAAUAUUUGUGUACUUUAGGGUGAGUGAUUUUUUUCUUUUCUCCAGUAGGUGUGUAUGUGGGUCAAUAAUUACUCAGCAAUCAUUCACUUAUAACAUGCUUUUUGACUAUUUUGACGACACAACCGUUAGUUAUGAAAUCUUUGAGUAAAUAAAUGUGUUGGAGAGAAGGAUAAAUUAUGAGGGAAUAUAUAUAAAUUACAUAUAUAUAUAUAUAUAUAUAUAUAUAUAUAUACUGUUUAAAUGUCUUUCAUAUUUAUAAUGUCCAACUGUGCCCCUGUGUUUGGACAUUGCAUUUCUGUGCAUGGCUCACUGCUCAUAAAAACAUAUCAUUUAAUACUUUAAACUUCAGAAAAGCAAACGUUCCCUGAUUCGGCGAUGUUGAAAAUAAGCUUUACGCACAGGACGGUGUCAGAAAAAACCACGUCAAGGAUCAUGCUCCUUUCAUGUUUACACGUCUCUCCUAAAGGACUGAAUACGCAAACAUUGAUAUCCAUUUGAUUAUUGUUGAUGAAUAUCAGUGAUGGAAAGAGUGACGGUAUGACGUCACAGUUUUUUACCACCAGCUCAGCAUCUUGAAAGUCCUCUCCGAGUCCCGUCUCCAGAGCAGCAACGCGAGGUGUGCCACGAAGGGACGGACUCGCUACAUUUCAUUCUGAGGUUCUUUUAGAUUUUUCUUUUUCUCCCAUCGCAGCAGUCCAGAUCACAGGAUGAGAGAUUCUGUUAAAAUAGGAUUGAGCAACUAAAAUGGCAAUAUUCCUGUGGUCCUCGGUAAAAAUAAACGUCCACCUGUAUCUUUGAUUUUUUUGUUGAGGAGACAUUCCUUCGAAGUUUAAGCUUGUGGUGUGGUUUGAAUCUACAGUUAUGAGAACUAUUAUCUAUCAACCCAUAUUUUUGCAAUCAGUUUGAAGUGUUUUGUGUGCUGAGUUCUGACAAUAAAGUUGAAUUUUAUAACUUGAA